CCUUGGUACAGCCCGGCGUGGAGGGCCCGCCCCUAGCGCACGCCUGCGCCCGUAGCCCAGUCCUCGUGGCUUCACCGCGCUCCCAGCCCGGACCCAGAUCAGUCAUGAUCAGGGCCAAGGCCAGGGGCUCGCGGCGCGGCCGUGGACAUGGCUCCCGCCAGUCCCGCGACAGCGACAUGGGCGACAGCGACUUCGAGAUCCAGCCCGAAGGAGGCGGGGACGCCCUGGCCCGGAAGCCAGGUCUGGGUAAGCCCCUGCCUGCCUUCCCUGUUUCGGAAGCUGCCUCAGAUGUCGAGCCUGACACCCAGGAAAUGGUUCGUGCCCAAAACAAGAAGAAAAAAAAGUCUGGAGGCUUCCAGUCCAUGGGCUUGAGCUACCCCGUCUUCAAAGGCAUCAUGAAGAAGGGCUACAAGGUGCCCACGCCCAUCCAGAGAAAGACCAUCCCCGUGAUCCUGGAUGGCAAGGACGUGGUAGCCAUGGCCCGGACAGGCAGCGGAAAGACGGCCUGCUUCCUCAUUCCCAUGUUUGAGAAGCUCAAGGCCCACAGCGCCCAGGCCGGCGCCCGGGCCCUUAUCCUCUCGCCCACGAGGGAGUUGGCCCUGCAGACGAUGAAGUUCACCAAGGAGCUGGGCAAGUUCACCGGCCUGAAGACAGCCCUGAUACUUGGGGGAGACAAGAUGGAAGACCAGUUUGCAGCACUACAUGAGAACCCAGAUAUAAUCAUCGCCACCCCUGGGCGUCUGAUGCACGUGGCUGUGGAGAUGAAUCUGAAACUUCAGAGUGUGCAGUAUGCUGUCUUUGACGAGGCAGAUAGGCUCUUUGAGAUGGGCUUUGCCGAGCAGCUGCAGGAGAUCAUCAGCCGUCUCCCCGAGGACCACCAGACUGUGCUCUUCUCUGCCACGCUGCCCAAGCUUCUCGUGGAGUUUGCCCGAGCGGGUCUCACGGAGCCGGUGCUGAUUCGUCUGGAUGUGGACACCAAACUCAAUGAGCAGCUCAAGAUGGCCUUCUUCCACAUCCGUGAGGACGACAAGCCCGCCGUGCUCCUCCACCUCCUGCGCACCGUUGUGCGACCCCAGGACCAGACCGUGGUCUUCGUGGCCACAAAGCACCACGCCGAGUACCUCAAAGAGCUGCUGACCACCGAAGGCGUGUGCUGCACCCACAUCUACAGCUCUUUGGACCAGACAGCACGCAAGAUCAACCUGGCCAAGUUUGUGCACGGCAAAUGUUCAGCCCUCAUUGUCACCGAUGUGGCUGCCCGGGGCCUGGACAUCCCGCUACUGGACAAUGUGAUCAAUUACAACUUCCCUGCCAAGAGCAAGCUCUUCCUGCAUCGAGUGGGGCGUGUGGCCCGGGCGGGCCGAAGUGGCACAGCCUAUUCCCUGGUAGCCCCCGAUGAAGUCCCCUAUGUCUUUGACCUUCACCUCUUCUUGGGCCGCCCGCUCACCCAUGCCAUCCCCAAUGAGAAGCCCUCAGAGCCCAGCCCAGAUGGUGUGUUGGGCCGAGUGCCUCGGAGCGUGGUGGACGACGAGGAGUGCCGCCUGAUCACAGACCACGACGUCUCCUCGGAGCUCCAGAGCCUGCGACGGGUGGCCGAGAAUGCCCACAAGCAGUACGUGCGUUCUCGGCCAGGGCCCUCCCCUGAGUCGAUCAAGAGGGCCAAGGAGCUGGACCCCACUCUCCUGGGCCUGCACCCCCUCUUCAGCUCCCGGUUUGAGGAUGAGGAGCUGCAGAGGAUGAAGCUCGUGGACAGCAUCAAGAACUACCGAUCCCGGACUACCAUCUUUGAGAUCAACACCAACACCCGGGACCCAGGCAGCCAGGUGAUGCGGGCCAAGCGGAAGCGAGACCACAAGGCCAUCGCCAAGUUCCAGCGGGUGCAGCAGGAGCGACAGCAGGCACAGCCCGGCCUGGUCCCCCAGCCCCAGAAGAGCCAGGAACCAGAGGAGGAGGAGGAGAACGUAGAGGAUGUGUUCACAGAGGUGCUGGGCCGGAAGAGACGGCGGCCUGCGGCACCAGGCCAGGAGAAGAGGCGAAAGGAGACGCCCCAGCACCGCGAUGAGGACUUCUACAUUCCCUACCGGCCCAAGGAUUUCAACAGCGAGCGGGGCCUGAGCAUUGGUGGUGAGGGCAGCGCCUUCGAACAGCAGGCGUCCAGCGCCGUCCUCGACCUCAUGGGCGAUGAGUCCCACACCCUGACCAAGGGCCGACAGCUGCUGAAGUGGGACCGUAAGAAGAAGCGGUUUGUGGGGAAUACAGGCCAGGAGGACAAGAAGAAGAUAAAGACAGAGAGUGGCAGAUACGUCAGCAGCUCCUACAAGAGAGAUCUGUAUCAGAAGUGGAAGCAGAAACACAAGAUUGGCGACCGGGACUCGGAGGAGGAGGGAGAGGCCGAGAGGCGAGGCUGGAAUCAAGGCCGAGGCCGAGGGAGAGGGAGAGGGGCAUCAGCGGGCCGGACGCCGGGGACCAGCGGGAUGUCAGGGCCCCGUGGGCGCGUGCGCUCAGAGCUGAAGAACAAGCAGCAGAUCCUGAAGCAGCGCCGCCGAGCGGAGAAGCAACGCUUCCUGCAGCGAGGGGGUCUCAAGCAGCUCUCUGCCCGUAACCGCCGCCGGGCCCAGGAGCUGCGGCAGAGCGCCUUCGGCAGGCGGCCAGGGGGCAGCCGGAAGGGCAAGAUGAAGAAAAAGAUGUGAGCAGCUCACCGCCACCCGCCCACCCGGGAUGGGCCAGCCCAACCCCAGGCUCCCAGGGGUCCUCACUGACGGACAGGGGCUUCCUGUGGCCCGACCGCUGCCUCCCUUGGGAAGAAGGAGCCCACCAGUCUGGCCGGACCAUCCCACACGGCCCCCAUGGGGUCCUGUCUCCCACUGGGGCGAGGUUGGCCUUUAAGGACCCGGGCUGUGGGCACGGCCCCCCGGCUCCCAAGGAGUUAACAUGCCUUGCUUCCUCCUCCUCCCUCCCAAGACGAGGAACCUGUUCUGCCAGGCCCUGCCGCUCCUUCAUCCUGGAGGACUGGCACCAGGCACCCCAGGCCAGCCUUGAUCUAUCUCCCCCACCCAGGGCAACUCACACCCCUCCCCCAGGAGACUCUGCCCAAGAUGGGCCAUGAGGUACAAGCCUCUGGGGCCCAGGGGAAGCAUUGCUCCCCAGCCUUACACACAACAGGUGCCUAAUAAAUCUGGAAUCAAA